UGUUGCCAUGGUAAUGGAUCGCCCCUUGGAACGGGGGCGGCCCCAUUUGUUCAUUGGUCAGCCAGUGGAAGGAUCUUUUACAGAAAUAAUAUACACAUCUUUUACAGAUACGGCUUGCUUUAUAGAAAUGUUGGUAAAGUGUGAUUAUCUCCUCAGAAGCGCAGAUGAAUAAAUACUCAGUGGCCUGGUGGACUACACUGAAGUGUGAAUAGAAGUGUACAGAACAAGGAUGGAAAAUCCAUUGAGAAAUAGCGGUCAGAAGAGCUUUGUUACAAGCCUUAUUUCUGCUCGUUUUCAUGAUGAUAUAGCACAGAGCUGGAAUCCCUUUGGGUGGCCAUGCUUCAGGUGAACAGGUGCUGAAUGUAUUCGUAUUCCAGUGACUUGCAAUGCAUUUCCGGCUGAAGGUACUGCUGCUAUACAUGCUGUCAGUGAUGCUCGUCAUUUGCAUUGUUUUAAUGGGGAGAGAGACCAAGGCAUUAUUAGACUUGUCCUCUAAAUCAGCAAGUGCAGUCAAACUCUCACGGCCAACUGAAAUGAACAGAAACGUUAUCCAUUGUUUGCCUGACAGCACAUUUGACAGCACCCUUCAGCUUCCCAAGUCGCACAUUCAAUUUCUUAUGUAUAGGCACUGUAGGACAUUUCCUGCCAUGCUGACCCCUAAAAAAUGUGACCGUGAUUUAUUUUUACUUUUGGCAAUUAAGUCCUCCCCCAUUAAUGUCGACAGACGAGGAGCAAUACGAAACACAUGGGGAAAAGAAAAAAGCAUUAAGGGGAAAAAAAUUAAACUGGUGUUCUUGCUGGGACAGUCGGAGGUUCAAGUCCAGGCUCAACCACUGCAGCAACUCAUAAAUUUUGAAAACCAAGAGUUCAGUGACAUCCUGCAGUGGAGUUUUGUAGAUAAUUUUUUCAAUCUGACAUUGAAGGAAAUACAUUUUCUUAACUGGUUUGUAGAGAGUUGUUUGCAGGCCAGCUUUGUCCUGAAAGGAGAUGAUGAUGUUUUUGUGAAUACAGACAACGUACUUGAAUUUUUGCGAGAUUUUAAUCCAGAGGAAGACCUUUUUGUUGGUGAUGUGAUUCGAAAAGCCAAACCUGUACGAGAUAAAAAAAUCAAGUACUUCAUCCCUGAAAUACUGUAUGAGGACAAAUUUUACCCACCUUAUGCUGGUGGUGGUGGCUACUUAAUGUCCCAUAGGACAGUGGGCCACCUGCAAACUGUUUCGGAAGAUAUCCCUCUUUUCCCAAUUGAUGAUGUGUUUGUCGGAAUGUGCCUUAUGAGAAUGGGACUGAAUCCUGUGGACCAUCCUGGUGUCAAGACUUUUGGUAUUCCCGGACCUUUUAAUGCGUUUGACCCUUGCCUUUACAAAGAACUGCUUAUAGUGCACCAGCUAAACCCAACCGAGAUGUGGAUAAUGUGGACUUUGGUCCAGGAUAAUGGUAUUAAGUGUGCUUUAUCACUGAAACACACUAAUAGGACAUCUGAAGGAAAAGUACUUGAAUUAGCCAUAGUUAAUGCUACUGUGUAGUUACGAUAGUUGAGUAGAUGUUUACUUGACUCAUGUGGUGGAAAUGGCAGUUGUAAAAGCUCAUCAGUUUUACCAAACUUAGUUUGAUGUGCAUGUGGAAGAAGAUGUCUUUACACAAGUAUGUUGCACAGAAUGUUUUAUAAAUGCUUUAAUGCCAAGUCUUUAAGAACUUAACAUGGGCUUAUGUAUACUAAUCAAAGUGAAUUUUAAUUGUGGAAUGUUUAGCUGUGGCUGUUGGGUUGUAACGGUGGUAGUAUAAAGCAGUUUGGGUUUAGAAUCUUUUUUUUUCCAUCUGAAAAACAUUUGUGAUAACUAAAAUGCAGCAUAGCAUUAACACUAAGCUUCCAAUUUCUGAAUGAGAACUUGCUAGACUGAGCUUAAAAAAGGGGUGUGAGGUUUGGAUCUGGAAAAUACCUAGUGGCAGUGCCACCCAUUCUAAUUGGGGUCAGAGUCUGUGAAGUGGAUACUUCAUACUAAGGAAGCUUAUAGGACUGUAUUCACCUGACAGGGUAGGAGACGGUUCAUCUUUAAAUGCAUUCUCCCCAGUUACUUUUUUAAGUUAAAAAUUAAAAAAAAUAUUAAACUUAGAUUGGGCAGUGAGAUGUCCAGGCUUGAUGCAGGUCACAAGUCCUAGACAGGAUACCACCUGUAAAGCAGGAACUUUGCAGUAUGUUCCAAAGAGGAAAUGCUAGCCCUUGCAGCGUGUAUAUCAGUAAACUAAUUCCUUAAGAAAUAAAUGCUCUAUCUGAACCAUACCUCUCGUAUUGUCCAGAUUCUUGAUGUUCCUCAAAAAUAUGGUUUUCUGACAAAUCACGGCGGGCUGAAGUCACUAUUAACACGCACACGAGUUUCUGACUUCAUAUCCUUCAGAAUAUGCAUGUUUAAUAGAAAAUAUUCGAACAACUUUUUCAAGUUUAUAAGAGUAAUUAUCUGUCCCAGUGUUUUAUGCCAUGUCAUAAUUUCUUGUGCUAAGAGGUUGUGACACUGUGAUCUGUAUUUAGACCAGUCUUCAUUAAGGAAAUUUGGGUGAAAUUUAACUGUGCAGUACCAUCUCUUCACCCUAUCAUCUGCACUUUUGCAGAAUAGCAUUCAUGCUUGCCUGGGACAAGUAGGUGGGGUAAUAGGAAUGAUUCCUUAAGUGGGAAAGUGGUGCUCCACACUCCUGCCGUUAAUAGCUAACAGUAGGAAUCGGUGCAGAAGUAAAAGCACAAAAUGAUGCAUCAGCAUGCACCAUUAGCCAACAUUUACACCAGGGCGAUACUUAACCUGUGAAAUCCAUGGUUUUAAUACCAUCGUGGCAGUCCUACAAUGGUCUCUGGCAACUGAAAACCAGCAAGGUUUUCAGGAAGCUAAUAAUGAACAUGAGGAAUUGCCACCUGCAAAGACGGUCUGCCAGGAUGGUUGCCACAUAUUCCAGUGCCAUAUAAAAUGGUGUGGCAAAUGUGACUUUUUUGCACUGAGUCAGUUGAUGUGUGGCUGUAUGUAGCAGUACAAUGUGCAUCAGUUCACUGGAGGAUAGAAGUAGUGGUCUGCAUGCUCCUUUGUUGAGAGGAUAGUUUUCUUGGUAGCUCUGUCAAAAGAAUGCAGUGACCACAGUUUUUAGUGAGGAAGGGAUGAACAUAUUAAAACUUUAUACUUGAAUUGCUUGUAUUGGCCACUAACACAGAAGCUUACUUUUGUACAAUUAUUUUUCUUGAUAGUCAUAUUUGCCAAGUAUGCAUUACAGAAAAUGAAUGCAACUGCCAUUGUCCUUUGAGUGAAAUUGAGGAGAAUAUUUUUUUAUUUUACAGAUAUCAUACAUUUGUCAUAAGGCUGAAAAACUGCUUCCUUGAUAAUGCACUUUUCCACAAGAGAUUGAAACCAAAUGAUCAGCUUUAUUUUAUGGUUUCUCUGCAGUGGAAGAAUAAUUUUUGUCUGUAAUGUUCAAAGAUUUGUCAUACUUUUUGUUUAAAUAAAAUAUUGAAAUUUGUCACUGA